CAGCAUCCCCUCAAAUAGGAAUCCGCUGCUGUCACUGGUGCUCUACAUACUGAGAGACGGACGACGUUUACCCCCAACAAUACUUAAAGGCGAUUUCAUUUGGCGUGCAGAGGUUUUUCCCCAUGUGAUCUCAAAGAAGAGAAAGGGGAGGCUAUGAGGAGGCUGGAGCUUUGCAAAGAAUGAUAGUGAGGAUCAAGGCGCGCUGUCCCAGGAGAACUCAUCUGAAGAACUGACCGUGAGAGAUCGGGAUGGUCCCCUAACGCACCGGGGGUUGAGUUUUCCUGAGCUGACGGUUUGCGUGGCAGAGUUUCAGCUCGAGUGGAAGUGAGGGAGUGAGGGUGUCAUGGAUGUCGAAAACCCUCCCUAUCAAAACUUGCUGCUCCUGGGAGCCAUUGCAGCGGCAUCCGCCUUUGUGGUCACCAUCUUUAUUGUGCUUGUCUGCAUUGGCUGCCAAAGAAAAAGCAAGAGCAAGCAUCCUCCAGCCAGACAGAAAGGGACAUCUGUAAAUAUGCAGGGUACACUUCGGCAUCCAAAACUGAACUCCAUGAGCAAAUCUGACACCAGGCUGCAUGAGAUCAAUCGCUUUCCCUGCAAUGGAAACUCUGUUAGUAAGAGCCGUCCAGCAAGCAUGGACCUCCUGCUCCUCCACAGUCAGCGCUCCCAGACAGAUCUGAGGCCCUCCCAUGGGCGACAGCUUCCCCAGAUCCCCACCAGUCCCCAGGGAUCUGGCCAGGGUGGAGGUGGGGAAACAGGAGGAGAGGGGGGGGGAGGGGGAGGAGGUGGGGAUGCCAGAGACCACACCUACACUGAGGUGGGCUUGCGCAACAAACCCGCUCCCACCCAAUGUCUGGAUGAUGGCCUAUAUGAAAGUGUAGGAGUCCAGGAACAUGACACGAGUACCAAGGUGCCCCCUGCCCCACCAUCAACAUCUUUGACGACAAUCAGAGCUGCCCAGAGCCCUCCAGUUCAUGCCAAUGGAGCCCGCAAUGGAAACGGGCAUGGGAAUGGUGGAAAAGGGAAUGGCAGGGGCAAUGGCACCUUUAAUGGUCAGGCAGGAAGAGGUAAUGGGGCGUGUGGGGUCAACAGGUCCCCUUUGUUUUCUGUUAACACGCUGGCCAUCCAAGAUCCAACUGCACCUGAGUACGCAUCUAUACGGAAGUUCAGAAAGGUUGACAAGACAAACAGGAAGGAAAAUAAUGGGGUUGACAGCCAGUCGGACAGCCAGUCAAGCUUGAGCGAUUCAACAUCUGCUGCUCCUCCUCUACAUCGCAGCCAGGAGUUUCCACGCAAACCACUGGAGCCCUUUCACCUGCACUCCUUCCCAAAGGAGGCAGUGUUCAUGGGCAAUGGGGAGCAGUACAUCUGGAAGCCUCCAGAAGACGAUGACAUCAUCACCUUACACCCACCUCCACACCGCGGAGAGAAUGGACAGGGGCACCCAUCUCCGCCAAAUGCAAAGGAGAUCGCAGACACCUACUCCAUCGUGUGUAAAACACAGAAGAAGAAACCCCCUUUGGAAAACAAUGGUGCAAAGACCCUCCCACGUUCUUUUGGUGGAGGAAAUGCGGGUUCCCGGAGCCGAGGCAGAGGAAUCCAGGGCCAAGCACGUUCUCAGGAGGAGCCCUGCUAUGAGCCGGUAGGAGACGGGCCCUGGCCCACAAGUGUAACAGCCGAAUCUGACCCUGCGUAUGCUACCAUCGACACCCACCGGAAACGUGAGCAAGGGGGAUCCAAUAACAACACAGCCGGGGGUAACGCCACACUGAGGAGAAAGAAGCAGAUGCUGCUGCAACAGCAGCAGCAACAGCAGGCAGCACCAGCGGCACCUCAGGGCACAGGAUCCAACGUUUUGCCUGCUAGAGGCCUUCCUGGUGGGGAAAACCUCUAUGAGACCAUCAGUGAUAUGAAACAAGGGGGCAACAGCUCCAGCACCACCACCAUUUUCACUUUCAAUGACGGGAUGGAGAUGUACGUCACUGGCCUGUAGCUGGCUGACAGGCAGAACAGGCCGAUGGUACAGAGUCAUGAAAGGGACCUUUGUGCUCGUCAGCCAACAGGUUGCUGUACAUAGAUACAAGGUCUUCUACAGACAAACAACAUGAGGAUCCAUUCUGUGUUGACAUCAGGUACAAACAGGGUCUCAAUCCAGGUUCAAACUUCCCCUGAUUGGUCUGUACUUCAGAACCAGCCUAAGCCGAGUCCAGCCCAAAUAUGGACCAAAUACAUUUUAACCAAAAAAAGAAUAAAAAACUGGAAUAAACACCUUCAACUACUGUGUCACUGACCAUACUCACCUGUUGUGCAUCACUUUUCAUAAUAUCUUUAUUUUUAUAUGAACACUUUACUGUUUAACGAUUGUGUGGUGUAACUCACAACCCAAGAAAAACACAAUUUAAUAUAUAUAUAUAUAUACAUAUAUAUAUAUAUAUAUAAAACAAAAGAAAUGUGCAUGCAUUGUUCAAAAUCAAACAUGUACCUGAAAAGAGACAGUGGUAACAAGGAAGCUGGCUGUAUUAAAAUUAUAAGGCACACUGUAACCCAUAUACACAAUCACACAUGCACCAUCUUGGGGGACUUAUGUACUGUAUGCUUUGCUAUAUGGAGAUGACAACAAAUACGGUGGCAGAUGCAUGUCACAGAGAUUUGCAGUGCUCAGCUCUCCCUAAGCAAACUGAAACUGGUUCUCUGCACGCCUUGGCCUGAUGCCUGGCAGACAGCAUUUUCAAGCUUUGGUCGAGAAUAGGCCCUAUAAUUUGUAGGCCUACUUAAACACAGAAGUACGGAAGGCUAGUGUCCCCAUUUUACAAAAAAAAACAAAAAACAAAGCAGUUGAAGAGUGUGCAUGUCAGACCUGAUGCAGACGGUGUUGGUCGAAAUGUUGCAGCAAGAUGCAAUAAAUAAUUAUUGGGAGCUUGCAUAAUUCAGCGUGAGGAUAUUCUUUCUCUUUUUUCCGGUAAAAAAUAUUAGCAAUUUAUUAGCAGUUAUCAGUAAGAGUCUUCCGGAUAACUAUAAAAAAUGAGUUUUGGUUAAUAAUUUAACCUUCACAUAAAUUAUGAGAUUACUUAAUCCACGUUCAGGUUUGACAAACAUCAGAGCGUGGCAUGACAAACCCUAGCACACACCCGCACAUACUUGGCAGAGUCACAUAGGGUAAGAUGGUCAGAUCAGGGGCAUUGAGCGUGUUGGGCAAGAAUUUUCCCCCGAGUGAUAUGAGUGACAGAUUUCACAAUAUGAAACCUUUAGUGUAUUACUGGGAUAAAUGAGAAAAGACUAUUUUCAGAAAAAAAUGAAGUGAAAGUGUUCACAGCAACGGGAUGCUUCAUCCUGUGCAGUUAAUAUGUCCUGUCUUCUGAUUAGUGUAAACAUCCGAUGUUAUGACCACUGUAAUUUUGAACUGAAGAGCUGCAGGACUGGUUGACUUAACUGACUUAAUUAAGAUGCUGUAAAGAGUGUUUCCAAGCACAAUUCUGAUUUGCUCUCUGGUCUCUAGUCAAAGCCGGGGAUCCACGGAGCUCGUCAGACUUACAUUGUGGUGGCUGAAACAGCAACAGAAGGCACAAAUUCCGAGGAAAAUAAAGAGCUGGGCAAAAAAAGAACCAGCAAACAUCUUUUGGAAGGCUUCCUUCUGCCCUCUCCCCACCCUCCAGUCUCUCUUCUCUUUCAAUAUAAACGGUGUCUUUCCCAUGUUGCUUUGGGGAACAUUAAAAAAAGAAACAACAGAGGGAGAAAAUAAAACAGAGGCUUAAUAGGUGGGCAUAAUGAUAAGAGAUGAAGAGGGAUGGGUUAGAAUGUUCUCAACCAUGCAAAGAGAAAAGGGAUUUAGAAAGGUUAGUAAACAUUUAUGAAUGCUACUGUGUCAGAAAAGUAUGUAAAACAAAUGCACUCUGUAUUUUAAUGUGCUGUUUGUUUUUUCUUACCUACUGACAAUGCUGUCGGUUAAAUAGCUCAUGUCACUGCCAUAAAAACAGUAUGUUUAUGUUGUUGGUACAGUUUUUCCUGCUUGAUCAAAAACAUGCAUGCUUUGAUAUAUGGAGACAAAUAUUGUGGUACUUAAUCUCUUGUUUACUGGUCUUUUCUGUUGUACCUUUUUGCCAUUUGAUGCAAAGCAGCAUAAAGAUUUUCUAAAGGAACAACUUGGAGGAGGAGAGAAGAGAAAUAGAAAGAGAGAGAAAGAGAGUUUAGGGCACAGCCUUGUUUAUUUUGC